GACGUCAACAUCAAGCGACUGUCUCCGGGUCUGUGUCGGCUGCUAACAGGAGCUUUUUCAUUGUUGUUGUGUGGUUUCUCCUCCCAUGUGGACUCGUCUGCAGAUCUAGAGGAGAGUCUCCACCUGGAGGAUGCUGCUGUGUGUCAGACAGAUGGAGGGGCUCAUGUAGCCCUCAACCUGCACCUCAUUCAUCCUCAAUGUGGGAGCAAUAACACAUCAGUGCAGCUGAGAAUGGCUGAAAUGGACCGAAGGUGCCACAAAUAGACAGUAAAGUGUCUAUAAAUGUACAAUCAGAGAACAUGAUUGUUUUAAUUGCCAUUCUUCAAAUAUGACUUAGACUUUUUUUAGAGAUACUGUUUAAAACAGUAUUUAGAAAUAGUUCCAUUUUAUAUUUCCAAAAAGGAAAAUUAAAAUCACUUCAGCGUGUCUGUGCAACUGUAACCAUGUUCAAAUGCAAGGUUUAAAUGACACUUUGAGCUGCAGUUAAUGGGGAGGGGGCUGCCAGUACCAGAAUUGGCCCGCCAGUCAGUUCUGCUCUAAACCAGGUCUGAUCCAUGACUGAGUACUACGAGGAGGGGGGGCUGCUGUACGAGCAAUCACCUCCCAUGCACAUCAAAGUGGAGUCCCCGGAGGGAGCCUUUGGAGGGGCAGCCUCAGAGAACGGCUUCCCCAGGGAGGAUGAAGACUCGGAGAACAGCUGUGACCAGACCAGCGCCUUACCUGGAGGACUCCCCUUCAAUGUGGUGGUGGUGCAUCCCAACAUUAUGGCACCCGGCAUGUCAUCAGAUGACCUUUUGACCAUUGAACAAAACCGAGCCAUGUCGGCGGCGUUGGCCGCUGGCGGAGCGGGUAAAAGGAAGAGUCGUUUCAGCGGGGCGGAGCUGGAGGUGCUGGUGUCAGAAGUCACCCGGUGCGAAGGCGAACUCUUUGGUCCGGCCGGGAGACUCCGGCGGAGAGAGAGAGAGCGCAUAUGGGCGGGGAUCCUGGAGAGGGUCAACGCCGUGUCCCGAGUGCCGCGCACGCUUCGAGAAGUCAAGAAGCGCUGGGACGACCUGAAGCGGCGCAACGGAGGCAGGCUGGCCGACGCCCGCCACCGCAGCUGCUACCUGCCGUCCAGCAGGGGGGCAUCUAUGCUGGGGCGCUCGUCUCAGCUAAGUCCGAGGCUCCAGCAGCAGAGGCAGAAGCAAAGCAGCAGACCAAAGCCUAUUUUCCCCUGCUUCCCAGACUCUGAUCCAGGUGUAGGAGUGGAUGGAUCAGACAGGGAUGCUUUGGAGAAAGAGGAGGACAUUUCUGAGCGUGAGAGAGACAUGGGGGAGCCUGAGUGUGAGGCGGUGGAAAACAGCAUAGAUGACAAACUGGGAUUGGGUCUGGGACUGGGAAUCGGACCCCCUCCUACGUCAGAACGAUGGCUGCCUCCUUCUCCUCUCUACAGCGCUCCUUUCUUGAACGGCAGCCCCCAGCCCAGCAGCCCCCAGCCGUCACUCGGGACACAGCAGGGUCCUCUUGAAGCCCCGCCCCGCAGCUUGUGGCUCGAAGAUGAGCUCCGAGGUUUAGGAGAGGCUGCGAUUCAGCUGGGAAAUCGGGUGGAGAAGAGCCUGCGGGAGUUCGGGGAAAGCUUCAGACAGGACAUGAGAACCCUCGUCGCUUCACAAGAGGCACUAGCAGUCAGUCUGCAGCAAAACAAUGUCCUCUUGCAAAGGCUUCUGGGAGUGCUGGAAGCCCAGCAGCAACCGCAGCCCCAGCAGCAUCGAGGACAACAAGCGCACCCCUCACAAACGCCUCAGCAGCAGCAGCACUUAAAGCCACAGCAGCUACAGCACAUAGAGCAACAGCAUCUGCAGCAGACGCAGCAGCAUCAAAUGCACCUACAGCAGCAGCCGCAGGUAACCCAGCACUCUAAUAAUCAGCCAGCGGUAGCUUCAGCACCAUCAUCCCCAGAAAUACACGGCACUUUUCCCCCUGACCCUGCCGCAGACAUGAGCGGAAAUCUGCACCGGCCGCGACGAGGGAGAGCUCUCGACCACAGGCGCAGGAGACGGCGCUGAGAAUGUAUUUUUUUUUUUUUUUAAAAGACUGUCGAUGUUUGAAAAUGUGAUGCUCUUUUUACUUGCAGUAUUUCUGUAAAAAAAUUAGUUAUAUAUCCUGUUUCUCAUCUCACUCCAUAUCCGUAAGCCAUUGUGUACUUAGGUCUGUUUUACAGAAAGGACUGAAGCAGUUUGUUGAAGUAGACUCAAGUUAAUAGGGUGGCCUUUACAUUACCCUCGGUACCACUUAAAUGUGUGCAUAAAUCUGUGGUAAGAAAAUAUUGAAACAACAAAGUGACGGAUUCACUUUACAAACUUUUCCAAGAGAAAAAAAAACAGGCUUACUAUGUAGUCUUUGAUGCUCAGUUCGCAUGUUUCGCUGCAAAGUUCAAUGAUGCUCUUACAGAUUCAAUCCUGACUCGGUUUUCCCGACUAACUACACCAUCAUCAUAAAGUACUUGUGAUCUGCACCAGUUUCCAUAAAUUGUAGAUUUGCAGCUGUUGUAAGUACCUUCUAAUGUAUGCUUGUGCUUUUUGGGAUUUUUCUGCUCCCUCACUGAAAGGAAACAAAAUUAGGGGAAACAAGAAAAUCACAUUGAACCAGAGUGAUGGCACUUCUAUUCAGGGCAGUCGGUCGCCACUAGGCAUGGGCUGGAAUGAGACACUCGUUUUAUGAUAAGCUUCAGUGAAAAUAUCAAGUUUCACAGUAUUAACAUGAAAAUCUAACCUAGUGAAACCUCAUGAAACCUAGUUCAAUUGCUUUUAGUUAAACAAGCUGUCAGCUGAAGCUUUACCUUCAGAAGAACAAAAAAUAGCACUUUUUUUUUAGUUUCCACUCCAUGACAAUCCCAUGUUUUUUGUAACCAAAAUAGUUUCCAACAGGCAAGUUUCUUUGUUAUAAACAAGGAAAAUGUUAAAGACGUUUCUUUAGGCCUAUGUUUGUAUCGCACUUUAUAAAGUCUGAGGGCUCCAAAGCGCUUUAGACUAGAAUUCGUUUUUCACACAAUGAUGGCACCACCAUCAGCAGCCAUGCCAGGUAAAAUGUCUUGCGGAAGGACUCGACGACUGAGGGACCCUGAGCCAGUGUUGUCUUUUUUUAAGCUUACAGCAAUAGGUAGAGGAGGGGAAGCUUCCUUUUGCCUCCAAUCAGUACUUUUUUCUGGGACUGUGUGUAAAAGAGUUUUCAAACUAACCUUUCAAAAGCCCGGUUCACUUGGCAGCAGAAUCAGGGCCUCUAGGCAAACUAUAAUUUAUUUAUAAUGAUUGUUCAUAUCAGUAUUUGUCUUAAAACAUUUUUUUUCUUUUCUUUUUUUUUUACAAAAGUUUGCAAAAUUUUUGUGAUGCUAUUGCUUCCACAGGAAAGCUGGUCAUAUUUCUUGAAAGGUACAUUGUUUUUUUUCUUGUGUCAAAAAAAAAAAAGCAUAGAGAUCAGCAGAUAGGCAGUGUGCAACAAGAAGUUAAAGAAGGGCCGACCUGCCAUUACAGCUGGGAAAAAACUUAAAUGUAAUACUUUCUCUGGUAUGUUGUGGGUUUUUGAUGAUACUAACUGGCCCAUGCCUAGUCACCACAUGCUUGUUCUGUUUCAAUAGUUUUCAUGAUACUUUUCCAGGUUUUGUCUGGACAACAUUAAGCUAUGUUCUGAAGGUGCAUUUUGAGACAAAAUUGUUAUAUUUUAAAGCCUUUUUGAAUAUAUAUAGAUAUAUAUAGCUAUAUAGAUUAAAAAAACAGGUAAGCAUCACAGUAUGAGUCAGACUUCAGCUCGUGUUUAAGAUGAACUUUGAAAGCAUUCAUUAAUGUCUUGCAGCUAUUGAUAAUCUUGCAUGCAGUAUCAUGAACGUUGUUGUAAAUAGUUACAGAGGAGCAUUAAAUGGCCAUCAUCUAUGUAGUUUUGCACAAGUUAUAUUUUGUAGAUAGAUGCCGUCAGAUGAAAUGUAACUAAACUUAAUAAAAUACAAACUAUGAGCUGCAGAAAAACAA